AUGCCAACCUCGGAGGAGAAAACGGACGGCAAAGCGUGGGGGCUUUUCAAGCUGCCUUUCCGGAACUCUCAGUCGGCGACGUCGUCCUCCAAUUUCUCUCACUACCAGCAGAAUUACGGCCAUGGGAGCAGCAACGCUCACUCUCAAGUGGAAGGAUCGGGCGCUCAGGAAAAUUCCGGAAGCUCGGUUUCCUCGGUGGCCAGAUCUCUGCUCCCCACGCGCCGUCGUCUGAAGCUUGAUCCUUCAAAUAAGCUCUAUUUCCCUUAUGAGCCUGGUAAGCAAGUCAAAAGUGCUAUCAAAAUAAAAAAUACAAGCAAGUCUCAUGUUGCUUUCAAGUUCCAAACAACUGCUCCUAAAAGCUGCUUUAUGCGUCCUCCUGGAGCCAUUCUUGCUCCUGGCGAGAGUAUAAUAGCAACUGUAUUCAAGUUUGUAGAGCCCCCUGAGAACAAUGAAAAGCCAAUUGAUAAGAAAAGCCGGGUGAAAUUCAAAAUCAUGAGCCUCAAAGUGAAGGGGCCAAUGGACUACAUAUCUGAAAUGUUCGAUGACCAUAAGGAUCAAGUGGCUGUCGAGCAGAUACUUCGCGUAGUCUUUCUGGAUGUCGAACAUCCGUGUCCUGCUCUUGAGAAGUUAAGUCGCCAGCUGGCGGAAGCCGAGGCUGAAAUCGAGGCCCGCAAGAAGCCUCCGGAGGACACGGGCCCAAAGUUCAUUGGAGAAGGACUUGUAAUCGAUGAAUGGAAAGAAAGAAGAGAACGAUACCUAGCUCGACAACAAGGGGAAUUGGUGGAUUCUGUAUGA